AUGCAAUCCGUGGUGUUCAAGGGUACCCUGCAGGUCGCGCUGGAGGAACGGCCGCGGCCUCAGAUCCAAGAUCCCACCGAUGCCAUUCUCAAAGUGCGGUACACGGCUCUGUGUGGCAGCGAGCUGCAUGUCUUCCGUGGUCAUCAACCGUCAGGAACGGGUUUCAUAAUGGGCCACGAGUUCACGGGAGAGGUAGUAGAAACCGGAUCAGAGGUGCAAGUAUUCCAGAAGGGCGAUCGAGUCGUGUCACCCUUCACCGUCAGCUGUGGGAAAUGCUUCUACUGCGAGAGCGGGGUUUCCUCCCGGUGUGCCCAAAGUAAACUGUACGGCUCGGCUGUGCUGGAUGGAGGCCAGGCUGAGUAUGUGCGAGUCCCUCUCGCAGAUUCGACUCUAUUUCAUGCACCUGCGGCUAUCGAUGAGAAGAAGUUGGUGUUGAUGGCCGAUAUCUUUCCCACUGGCUACUUUGCGGCGAAGAAUGCCUUUCGCACCCUGGAUGCCGCUGUCAUUUCAACUAGCACGGUGUUACUCUUUGGAUGUGGUCCUGUAGGGAUUUGCGCCUUGGUCAGCGCCCUCGAGUAUCAGCCGAAACACUUGAUUGCCAUCGACAGUGUGCCGUCGCGUCUCGAACUCGCACGGAGCCUCGGAGCGGAACCGUGGAAUUUUCAAGAAAACGAAUCCGGCCUGCGAGAACGAGUCAAUGCCCUCACCGACGGUCGAGGCGCCGAUGUAGUGAUCGAGGUCGUCGGCCAUAGCAGCGCACUGCGGAUGGGAUUCGAGAUGCUUCGACCGUGGGGUCUCAUCUCGAGUGUUGGUGUACACAAUGGCGAGAUCCCCUGGACCGGAAAUGAGGCCUACGGGAAGAAUCUGCGUAUUCAAAUGGGACGAUGUCCAGUUCGAAGUAUCUUCGGUGAAGCAAUGGAUUUGUUGGCGAAGAAACAAGAUCAGUUGGACUUCAUGUCACACGACAUCCGUCCCCUCUCCCAAGCCGUCCAAGCAUACGAUGACUUCAACCACAUGAAGUGCCAAAAGGUCAUUUUCGAGGCCGGAAAAUAA